GUCCCGGGCUGCCGGGGACCGGCCGGGCGGGUGAGUGACGGCGGCCGCGGCCAAUGCCGGGGAGGCCGGGGCGCUGCCGCCGUGCCUUCCGCCCGAAGCGGGGCCCGGGCGGAGCGGGGAGAGGCGGAAUCGCGGGUUCGAGGCGGAAUCGCGGGUUCGAGGCGGAAUCGCGGGUUCGAGACGGAAUCGCGGGUUCGAGGCACGGCCGCGGUCGCAGCCGCAGCUGCUCUUGGCUCCUCGUCUUCCCGGAGCUGCCUGAAGGCUGCGCAGCUCCAGCGGGCGGCACGAGUCCAGCCCCGCAUGCUGCCCCGCAUCCCGGGAAUGGAUUUGCUGCCGGCUCUAGCACAGCCGUCCGUGCCAAAUAACGCGGUCUUGGCUUCGCCAUCCCUCUUGUUCUGUUGGGAAAUGAAUCUAUGGUUGAGCAUAUCGUGGUUUAAAUAUAUUUGUAGAUUUACAGAAAUGCUAUUGUUUGUAAAGAUAGCUGUAAAAUUGGGUCUGACAUGUUUGGCUGAGUUACACAGCACUGAAGUCGAGAGUGAAAUAAUUUUCUUCAUUUUUUUUAGAGGAACGUUUCAUUUCACCUUUUCUGGGAUGGAGAUUUCUUCUCACCAGUUUCACCUCUUGCAGCAACUAAAUGAGCAGCGCAGGCAGGACUUGUUCUGUGACUGCAACAUCCUGGUGGAGGGCAAAGUCUUCAAAGCCCAUCGCAAUGUGCUGUUUGCCAGCAGCGGCUACUUCAAAAUGCUCCUUUCGCAGAGCUCGAAGGAGACGAGUCAGUCCACGACAGCCACUUUCCAGGCCUUUUCUCCUGACACCUUCACAGUUAUCCUGGAUUUUGUGUAUUCAGGCAAACUGUCUCUCACUGGUCAGAAUGUGAUCGAAGUCAUGUCGGCUGCCAGCUAUCUGCAGAUGACCGAUGUGAUCAGCGUGUGUAAAACCUUCAUCAAGUCGUCGCUGGACAUCAGUGAGAAGGAGAAGGAUCGCUACUUCAGCCUGUCAGACAAAGAUGUCAGCUCCAACGGCGUGGACCGAUCCUGCGUGUACAGCGGAGGGUGGAGGGCAGAGAGCAGCCCCCCGCAUUCCCACUCCAGCCCAGACCCUGGGACUUGUAUGAUGGGCGGCAACACUUGGAGCAAUUUCAACUAUUACCCCAGCUCUCAAAGAAAUGCCCAGCAGCAGCUGUCUAAACACGAGCAGCGGCAGGAUUCCAUCAAGAAAUCCCGGCACCUGGGGCUGCAGCAGCCUUCAGACAUCCCCCACUAUAAAUCCAGCAAGCUGGAGGACAGGGCUGCCGAGCCCGCCGGCCACGCCGCGCCGCCCGAGGAGCAGGUCCACAUCGACACGGAGGUGGAAGCUCCUCACGUGGGCUACCAGUUUGGCCAAGGGGCUGAGGUGAUGCCCAGGGGCUUGGCUGUGUCGCAGCAGGAGCACGAGUCACCCCGCUCCUCCAGCAAAUCCAAAUCCUCCAAAGCUGAGGAGCAGUACGGGAGCAUGCCCUCCAUCCUGGGAGUCAUGGGGAACUGGGCUGAAGAUGACCUGUCCAGGAUGAGGUUCAAGUGUCCAUUCUGCAGCCACGUGGUGAAGAGAAAAGCCGACCUCAAGCGUCACCUUCGCUGUCACACGGGAGAGCGGCCGUACCCCUGCGAGGCGUGUGGCAAGAGAUUCAGCAGGCUGGAUCACCUCAGCAGCCAUUUUCGAACUAUCCACCAGGCGUGCAAGCCCAUCUGCAGGAAGUGCAAGCGCCACGUCACCGAGCUGACGGGCCAGGUGGUGCAGGAGGGCACGCGGCGCUACAGACUGUGCAACGAGUGCCUGGCCGAGGCGGGCAUCGACAGCAUCCGCAUUGACUUGGAGGCGGAGGCGCCUCUGGAGUUCCCGCAGGAUGGGGACAAGGAUUCCAGGUGGCACUACGGGGACGACAACAGAUCCGACGUGGAGAUCGUGGAGGACGGCUCGACCGACUUGGUCAUCCAGCAAGUGGAUGACAGCGAGGAUGAAGCGGAGGAGAAGGAAGUGAAACCAAAUAUUAGGUAGUUGGAAGACGAGGAUUGGGAAUUCCGUGGAAGAGGGAGGAUGUACUGUGGCCAAAUGCCCUCUGCCAGCUGAUCCUACAGAGACAUGUGGUUGAACAGGUCCAGACUUGCAUGUAUUUAUGGACACGUCAUUGAGGCCAUGCUGGUUUGUUAGCAGAACCCCCGUGCGUUGUUUGGUUAAAAAAAAAAUCCAUCCUGAAAUUAUGCAUCAACAAAGAAACUGCAGUAUUAUGUGGAUAAUUUUUAUAGAGGGAAUGGGGCACGUCUCAAAGCCCCUUGCAAGGAGGUCUAAAUACUUUUUAAAAAUCACAGAUUAUUGUAAAUUGCCCAUUUUUCACACUUGUAGAGAGGUGGGGUUUAUAUAUCAUUGGGUUAUAAACGAAGUAUAAAACCCCCCACACCAGACAACCUCUCUUGAGUGUUCAGAAGUGAAGAGAAUCUUCCAUGAAAUUUCAUGAAAUCUUCAUGUUAUGAUAAGGAAAAAGGCAAUUAAUUAAGAAAGAGCAUUUAAAAUGUUUUGGCACUUUUGUCUGGAAAAGGACUUCUGCAAAAUUUAUUAGGAUGAGGUGAAUCUUAAUGCUUAACACAUCAGAGACAAAACAGUUAAAAAUUUGGAUCAUCAAUUGAUGACAGUAGAUGUUUUAGUCUCAAAAUUAGGAUAUCAGACUGGGCUGUUUUAAUAAGCACUAUUAAAUUACUCUUUUUUAAUAUUUUGAGACCUUUCAAAAGUGCCCAGACAUGGUGGGAUUGUUGGGGUGCAGGGCCAGGAGUUGAAUUUGGGUGAUCCUUGUGGGUCCCCUCCAGCUCAGGAUAUUUUCCAGUCUGUACCAGUGAGACCAAGAUGUACUGGAAGUUCUAGACACCAUAUUUGUGUCAUUUCACCCACAAUUAGGCUACAGAGAUGAGUAAUGGUGAGGAAAUUUUACUUUUCUAACAAAAUAAGCUUGGUUUUGCUGCUUAGUGAGAUUCUCUUACCCAGCACUGUCAGCAGGAGAGGAGCAGGAGAUGCUCCUGCUGCUCUGCAUUCCUUGGACACACCUAAGUGUUAUUCCAAUUCUUGGGAUCAUGGAACUCAAUGGCUGUAGAGUUAGAAAAUGAUAUCUAUUUUUUUCUUUUUUACAGCUUUGUAAGCAUGUUUGGCUGAACCCCGGGGUUUCUUACACAACAAUCCCAUAUACAUAUAUACAUAUGUAUAUAUGUAUAUAUACUAUAUAAUCUUUCCCAGGGACAGCUUAAAAGUCACUAUUUUAUUUUUAGUUGUGUAAAAACUGUAUAACUUUCUUGUAUCAUCAUGACCAGAGUGCAGCAUUUUCAUUCCAGGCUGCAGGUGACCAACAAAUGACAACUUGAGAACUUCAUGCUAAAUUCAGUGUAAGCAUUAAGCACCCUCCUCUCCAUGGGAAGCAUCCCAAGAACACAAGAAAUGGUGUUUUAUUGUUCCUACAAAAAUUACAAUUUACUGGCUUAGGUUUGAGGAGGGGUGACUUAAAAAUCUUUGUGAUGACUCAGAUGAAAACAUCUUAAACAAGACUUACAUUUGAUUUUAUGGAUGAUACUUGGUCAGCAGCCUAAAAAUGGACUUGAUGUGAAAACAGACAUUUAAUUUCUUGGAGCUUUUAAACUCCUAAAAUGCCUGUUAUUAAAUGGCUAAGAAAUAUUCAUGAGCAACCUGGAUUUAAUCAAACACACAAGAACAAGAAAUAUUUCAAAGAAUAUGGAGUAACUUUGCUCAAAUUUCAUAGAUGUUUCCCUUUCCCUGUCCAUUAAACAGUUUGACAACAAAUCACAGGUAUCAGUCCCAGGGUAAAAAUGUGUCUGGAAUUGGUCUGUGUUUGUUUGGGGAUGGAUGAAGGGGAGGGGAAAAUAAAAUGUUCUCUGCAGGCCUGAAAUCUUAACUGCCAACUGCAAAGGUCAGACUAUUAAGUGUUUCUUAAUAGUGGGGGUGUUUUUAGAAGCAAAGGGAUUUUUGGAUCAAUACUCAAUUUAAUUAGAGAUCAUAAAUCUAACAAUACUGAGGAGCAGAUGCUUCAGAACGAGAUCUGAAGUGGCUCUAAAUGGGCAAAUGGAACAAUCCCUCCAUAGGAAGACUUUUUAAACACAGGCAGAUUAAUUGUUGAUUUGCUGGGGAAAUAAGGGCUUUUUUCUGGAUUUAUAUGUUGUUAUUCUCAUUAGUAUAGCUAGAUAUCUGUAGUCAUUUUUAAAGUAUAUUAAGCUUGGAGUUUAGCUCAAGGCUGUGAUUCCCACAAGUCAAUGAUGUUUUCCUGUUUUUUAAAAGUUACCAUUUUUACAUUUGUUUCUUAAUUUUGGUCUUUGUUUCCUUCUUUUUGUAUUGCAAGACAAGAUAAAUGUUAAGUGCCUUCUGUUUUCCACGUCCUUCAUUUUACACUCACAUAUUUUCCUUGUUUUUUUUUUUUUUCUCUAAAUGGAAGUAUUUGUUUUCUUUUUGUCUCCUUCCAUUGCCUCUGAUUGUCUUCUUCAUAUUUCUGUGAGGAGCACGUGCCCCUCAUCAACACAAGGAACAUUUCCUUUCCUUUCAAGGAGGAAAGUAAAGACCACAUAGGGAUGUUCCCACUGAAUUUAUUUAUUUCCUUGUAUUUCUUUCAUCUUCAUGUCUUAGGGAUAAGGUUUAGUGCUGGACUUGAUCUUAGGGAGUCUUUCCCAAGAAUUCUGUGAUUAUUUUUUCUUGGUUUGUGUUUACUUUGUACUCACAAAACCACAGUCAAGAGUGAAGACAAAGUUCAUAAUCCUCUGAUUAAUGUCUCUUAACUAUCCUUAUUUUCUGACAAUAUCUUCCCAUCCUUUCAAAGGCUGAAAUACUGAAUUUAAAAAAUCCCUCUCCUCCUUUUCAGGUGUUUCUUACAGAAUUCUCUCUGCCCCUAAAACCCGAUGACUUGUGUGGUGCUUGAUUAGUUCUUUCACAUAAUUUCCUUUUUUUUUUUUUUUGUUUGCCAUUAAAUUACCUAAACAUCUGUAUUUGCUAUCCAAAAAAUGUCACUUGUGCUUAUGUUAAACAGUUGGGUAGCCCCUCUAAAAAAAAAAAAAAAAGACCCCAAAAAUCUCACAGAGGGCUGACUCUGACUGCUACAGGUAUCCUUCCCUUACUCUUGGCUCUGCAGAAUGUUCCAUCUUCCAGGAUUUUGGGAUCCAUCUCAAGUUUUCAAUGAUUACUUAAGGGAAAACUAAACCCACAAAACACUCUGUUGGAUAUAAAAUGAUGGAAUAUACAUUUCUUCCCUGAAGCAUCCGGUCACUGUCAGAGUUAUCCCAUCACAGAUUCACGCCAAUGUCUAAUUUCUUAUAUUUUAAUUACUGUUGCUUGGAGGCAACAAGUACAAAAAGGAAAUAGAAGGAAAAAAAUCUCCAAUUCUGCCCAAAAGAUUGAGUUUUGAAGAAAAGGAUGUUCUAAUCCUGCGGCCCUUGCCUUGCAUAAUUGUUCCAUUAGGUACAAAUUCGUGCCAACAUUGUCUGUUGAGUGAUGGGUAUAAGUUGAUAAGCUACUAAGGAAAGAUAGUAUAAUUUAGUUAAAUUAUACUGUUUAACUUGAAACCUUUCUACAUUGGAGGUGUAACCUUUCAUCCUAUUUAACUCAUGAAAUGCAAAGAGGAGGUUUAUUCGGUGCAUCAAGAAUUUUAAACAGAGCAAGAGCACAGAAGAAGAGAUUUUGUAGGGAAAAUUGGGAGGAGUGGCUGGAAAGAGUCUUCCCUAUAUCUUGGCUUAGCUGCUGGAAUAAAUUAAACACUAUUGAA